GCCCAUUUUUCUUUUUUUAUUGUUUUAACUCUCUCUUUUUUUAUAUACAACAAAACAUAUAUUAAUGGCGUACUCGAGAUCCCCACCGCAAUCGCCUUCAUCUCCGGAAGACUGGCUGUCAAGAGGACCGCAGUCAAUAAAGACUUAUUCGACAAGUUCAUCCCGGUCUCAUGCCUCUAGGUCGCAAUCGUUAGCAUCUGCUUCGAAUCGAGCAUUUAACUCGGCCAACUAUGAAAGCACUGCCCGUGUUUAUUUCUUGGAAUUAAAAUCUUAUCUCAGAGAAUUAUUGGCUCAAGAGGCUAGUGAAGGAGCACAUCCACAGAGAGUGGCUGCUCGACAAAAAUUAACGCGAUUAAGUAAUCUCCAAUUCCAUGAAUUGGCAAUGGAUGUGUAUGACGAAGUGGUUCGAAGGAACAAGAAUGAUAAAUUUCUUCCAUUUUUGGCAGUGAAAGAAGAAUUCCAUCCAAAGAGAAAUCAAGCAAGACAGAAAUUAGCUACGUUACCCGUCGGUAGAUUCCAAGACCUUGCUAGUGAUGUUUAUUACGAGUUAACAAGAAGAUAUACAGCGCUUGUUGAAAAUGAAGAACCCGAAAGUCCACCUCCUAUUCCUCAAAUUCCUCCUGUAUCCUAUAGUCAGCCUAGUAAAUCUACCAACAUUAUACCCGUGAAAGGCAUGAUCAGCGUAGAAAAUUUAGAUGACGACACUUUUAAUAAAGGUCGAUCACCCACAGAACAAAAAGAUUAUUUUAGUAAUAGAUCUACAGCCAAUUCAAGUGGCGAAAUCGAAAAAAUCAAGUCAGAUUACGAGUAUCAAAUCAAUAUCAUGACGAAUAGAAUACAGCAAUUACAGGCUGAUAUUUCUGAACGAGAUGAUAAAAAAGGCAUGGAUCAAGAGUCCAAUAUUCGAACUAAACAGAAGGAAGAACAGGACCAAAAGAUGAUUCGUCAAAUGGAAGAGCAAUAUAAAAAAUUAGACGACAAGUAUAAACAAUUGGAUCGGGAUUACACAAAACAACAAGAGGCCGUACGAGAUGUGAAAAAUGAGACAAAACAAAUGUUAGAUGAAUUAAAAAGACUAGCAAAAAUAAACGAUGAGCUUUUAUCCGAAAAAGAAAAAUCAGAUGCUCAGAUAUUAAAACUGGAAGCUGAAUUAAAAGACUGGCAAAUGAAAUAUGAUAAAACACGUAUUGAACUUCGUAGCAUUAAAGCGUCAUCUAUGAUCGAAACAGACGGCAAGGGUAAUCUUAUCAAGGAGAAUUUUAUUCAACCUUCAAAAGAUGGAUUUAUAUCUCAAGAUCAUAUUCUCACUUAUCAAGCUUCUAUUGAUGAUCUUUUACUGUCUGCUAGAUCGAGUAAUCCAGCCCAAGUGAUAAACGUUAUGAAAAACAUUGUGACAGUAUGUCGUUCUAUUACAGAAGAGAUUGAAGCACAAGAGGGGACUCUAUUCACAGAAUCAAGGAAUUCACUCUACGAAUUAAAGACAUCCUUUUCAGUAUCGUUAUCUGAUCUUUUGGUAGCCGCCAAAUAUCAUGCAAGUGGAAUGGGUAUUAGCCCAGUCAGUCUAUUGGAUAGAUCUGCUGGCCACUUGACUUCGGUAAUUGUCGACUUAAUAAAGCUAUUAGGAAUGAAAUCAUCCAAUGACUACAAUGAUAGAUCAGACACUAAUAGCUAUUAUGGAAGUAUGCUCAGUAGUAAUAAACCCUCGAAGAACUCCACUUAUUCAUCACAUGAAGAUACACGAUCGCAAUUGGAUUUGUUAGCCUAUAAACAAACAAAUGGAUAUUCACCAAAGUCAAACAGUAAUUAUUCACCAAAACUAAACAAUGCACAUGCUCCCAAACAAAGUGGAUUAACACCAGAAGAAUUAGUGAAAUAUCUUAAAACAGAAACAGAUAAUAUUGUGCAAACCAUCCAAAACCUACUAGGCGCAUUACGAUUAACACAACAAAAUGGCGAGGUUCACACAAUAAUUAGUUCAAUUGUAAAAAUUGUAGCAACUAUCUCCGAGCUAGUUAAAGCAACCUGCCAAAGUUCAUCUGGUUACGCGUACCGUCAUCGAUGUGAUCCUCUCUUGAACCAACUCAGUAAAUGCUCAGAGCGUUUGACAAUGAUUCAAGGCCGCUACUUUGUGAGGGGUGCUACAGCAACAGCCAAUGCAAAACGAGACCUUGCUAAAGAGGCUUACGAGAUUGCUAAAAUUACAAAGGAGUUGAUCACUUUGUUUGAAUCACCAGCUUAAAAAAAUACAUAUGAACCACCUUCCUUACUCCAUUUAGAUAUCUAUCUAUCUCGCAAUCAUAACAAUUACUACUACUACUUAUUAUCUAUUAAAUAUUCCCCCCUCCUAUCAUUACUUUAAAAUAGUGAAUAUGAUCAUGC